AAACCACGUGAAGCUCUUUUUUAAAGGGGGGGUCUCACUGUCGGACCCGCUCUUCUCUCGCCGGUGGGGAAAGGAAGCGGACAUUGUUCCUAACUCUCCCUGUUUGACACCAACUUACCUUAGGGACAACGUUAAACCUCUAAAGUUGACUUUUCCCCGUCUACUUAAGGCUCUGAGAAGAGGCGUUUUUCGCGAUAGCCAUGAAGUGGGGCUGGGUGUUUUUGGGGGUCUUCCUAUCUUUGGGGACCCUGUCCUGGGGGGAGAAGGGCUUGGAGAUCCCCGAGUACGAUGGAAAAGACCGUGUCCACGACCUCAGCGUCAGAAACUACAAGUCCGUCAUGAAGAAAUACGAUGUGAUGGUGAUCUACUACCACAAAAACGUGGAUGGGAACCGCCUUGCCAUGAAGCAGUUCCAGAUUGAGGAGCUGGCUCUGGAGCUUGCAGCCCAAGUUCUUGGCGAUUUUGAUGAUGAGGACAUUGGAUUCGGCCUGGUGGAUGAAAAGAAGGGCACUGCUGUGGCUAAGAAGCUUGGUCUGGAUGAGGUGGAGAGCAUCUACAUCUUUGCUGACAAUGAGAUCAUCGAGUACGAUGGAGAACUGGCGGCUGACACCCUGGUGGAGUUCCUCUAUGAUGUGAUCGAGGAACCCGUGGAGGUCAUCGACAACGAGCGCGAGCUGAAGGGCUUCCACAACAUCGAUGAGGUCAUCAAGCUGGUUGGCUAUUUCAAGAGCGAGAAAUCUCCUCACUACAUUGAGUUUGAUGACGCUGCUGAGGAGUUCCACCCCUUUGUCAAAUUCUUCGCCAUAUUUGACCCCACGAUUGCCAAGAAACUGCAGAUGAAGCUAAAUGAAGUCGACUUCUAUGAGCCUUUCAUGGAGGAGCCCGUCACUAUUCCAGGAAAACCCUACAUCGAGUCGGAGCUGGUUGAAUACAUCGAGCAGCAUGACAGGCCCACACUGAGGAAGCUCGAGCCUCACAGCAUGUAUGAGAUCUGGGAGGAUGAUAUUGACGGAGAGCACAUUGUUGCCUUUGCUGAGGAAGAUGACCCAGACGGUUUUGAAUUCCUGGAAAUCCUGAAGGAGGUGGCACGUGAGAACACAGACAACCCCAACCUCAGCAUCAUCUGGAUCGACCCCGACAACUUCCCCCUGCUGGUGCCAUACUGGGAGAAGACCUUCGGCAUUGACCUCUCUUCUCCUCACAUUGGAGUUGUAGACGUUGAGGAUGCUGACAGCGUGUGGAUGGAAAUGGACGAUCAGGACGACAUGCCCACAGCUGACGAGCUCGAGCAGUGGAUCGAAGACGUUCUGUCCGGAAAGAUCGACCCAGAUGAUGAUGAUGAUGAAGACGAUGAUGACGACGAUGACGACGAUGAGGACGAUGAUGAUGAUGACGAUGAUGACGAUGAUGACGACGUUGAUGACGACGUUGAUGACGACGAUGAUGAUGAUGAUGAAGAUGAUGACGACGACGACGAUGACGACGAUGAUGAAUAAAUGUUUACUACCAUCUUUCACUUUACUUUAACGGAGCCAAACAUGGCCGAAACCCAAAGGUGGCAGUUUUUUUCUUGCAGCAAACACAUUUUGUGUUGUUUGCCUCCUGUAUGGAUUUCUGUAAGGGACAAACAUAAUGACCCUAUGGGAAUCUUUUACCGUGAGUCAGGGAAGGAGAUUGUUAAAGAAGCAGAGGAUUUGCAUCUAUAAGGGAACGGGGUGCAGCUAAAAUGUUACUGUUACUGUUUAAAAUGCUAAUAUCUCACCUCUGUGGUUCAUAAUGAAUGCGAGCUAGGAGGCUAACAGAGGAUAACCUUCCUGACAUUUCCCAAUUUCUCCAACUUACUGAUACCCUGAUUCAAUGUCAUGUUUUCUACUUGAUGAAGAGAAGAAACAAAAGCUCACUUGUACUAUUUUCAAAGUGAUUAAACCUAAACUCACUGGACAGUCUUAAGAUUAUUACAAUCUUGGAAACUAUUAAGAAACCGGAAAAUGAAAAAAAUACAAAAUAAAUUGUUUUCUGCUCUCAUAUUAAAAAUGAAAGUUGAAAAUAUUUUAAAACCA